CACCAAGCAACGACGCGUCCUUAACAUCGCAAAGGCUUAUGGGAUACUGAGGCCUUUGCGUCCACCGACCGCCCUUUUUGGAAAAGCCAGACAAGCACAGCCAGCGCUACAUGACCCGAAGGAAAUAUCACCCUAAAAAACUCUUCAAACCGCCAUUAAGGACCCCAAGUAAAGAAUCCAGUGAAUAAUGGCGGCUGAAGACGAGUUUCCUGCUCAUUACAAAGUCAUGAUGGACAAACUGAAUGAACAGCGACAAUUGGACCAGUUCACAGACAUCACUUUGAUUGUAGAUGGGCACCAAUUCCGAGCACACAAGGCAGUGUUGGCAGCAUGCAGUCAGUUUUUUCACAAGUUCUUCCAAGAUUUUACUCAAGAACCCCUGGUGGAAAUUGAAGGAGUAAGUAACAUGGCAUUCCGCCAACUGAUGGAGUUCACAUACACAGCCACGUUAGCUGUUGCAGGAAAGGAAGAAGCCUUCGACAUCUGGAAGGCUGCCGAAUACCUCCAGAUGCAGGAAGCCAUCAAGGCACUCACCAACAAGAUAACUGAUUCUUCAUCGGUGACGCCAAAGAACAACAGUAUAAAGAGGAAGAUUGCCGAGACAUCUUGCGUCAUCACAGAAGCCCUACCUAUGGUGGAGGGGGAGCAGGUGGAGAUAGAGAUGAUAGCAGAUGGUGCAAUUGAGGUAGAGGAGUCUGGGCUGGAGGAAGUAGUGGACGCGGCAAAGAAUGCCCAAUCAAAUGAUUCCGCUUUGGCUCUCCUUGCUGACAUCACCAGCAAGUAUCAGCAGGAGGAACCCUCCAUACAGGUCAUUAAGAAGGGAGAUAUAGAAGAGGAAGUUUUGUAUCAGGAAGAAACGGUGACUGCCUCUAAGGUGCUGGAGAAUGCAGACCUGCCGCAAGUCCAGUUUUCCCAAUUGGACAAUGCUUUUCGUUGUAGCAAGUGUGACCGAACCUUCAAGUUGUACUACCACCUUAAGCAGCACCUGAAAACGCACCUGAAUCUGCUGAAGAAGCAGCACGUGUGCAGCCACUGUGGCAAAGCUUACACGCGGGAGGGUGCCUUGAAUCAGCAUUUGAAUGCUUUCCAUUUUGAUGCGGAGGAGCAGGCCCAAAACCAGAAAGCCCCAAAGAGAGUUCACAUUUGCGAAUACUGCAAAAAGCACUUCGACCACUUUGGACAUUUUAAGGAACACCUUCGAAAGCAUACUGGUGAAAAACCAUACGAGUGCCCAGACUGUCAUGAACGAUUUGCGAGGAACAGCACACUCAAGUGCCAUAUGGCGGCCUGUCAAAAUGGCGCCGGAGCCAAGAAAGGACGCAAGAAACUCUAUGAAUGCCAGGUAUGUAGCAGUGUGUUCAACAGCUGGGACCAAUUCAAAGACCAUCUUGUGAGCCACACUGGACACAAACCCAACCAUUGCACGAUGUGUGACUUGUGGUUCACUGCCCCCCAAGAGCUAAAGGCCCACCUUAAAGACGUUCACUCCAUUGAGGAAGAAAAAUCAAGCGAAGAACAGGUCAUCACUGACACCGCAGCCACAGCAGCUCUCACCAUCACCACGCAGAACAUUGAGACCACAGAGACGGUGCUGUUGGACGACGGCAUCCAGGUUGAGCACGUAACGGUAAACCCCAUUGAGGUGAUAGAGAUGGAGGAGACGACUACAGUCGUGGUGGAGGACGGUGGUGUUGCAGAGAUGUGCGAGGAGGAUGUGGAGAGACUGAAACAAGCCGGCAUACAGAUCCAAAUGGUCCGCGUGUCCUCCAAGGAGCUGAAUGAGCAGGAGGUGGCGCAGGCUCAGGUGGAAGUGGAGUUGGACUCUGAGAUGAUGAACGUGGAGGAAACAAUACAAACAGUGGUUGUAUGAAAAUGCGACCUAAGCCAUGCAUGAAAUGUACUGAACACCAAGUUCCUUUUUGCGGGAAGGGAGGGGUCACAUUCUCAACAUCCUGAACUCUGACAAAUGCUGCAAAUGGUCAAAGAUGUAGAUUUGUCACAUUAUAUUUAUUUUAAAGUUCUCACCCUAUCUAAAACUGAGUGAUCUUUUUCCCCUUUCUCAUCUGGCAAAAUCAUUUUGCUAAACAUCUUAUUUCUCAGUGCUUAUGCUGCAGCUUUGUUCAAGCUAAUACAUUUUUUGUAGUGAAAAUUACAGUAAUAAACUGUUGCCAGAACAUC